AUGUCGCUCCCGCCGGGUUCAGCCAUUACCGACGGCCUGGCGAUCUCAACGACGACGACACCCUCGUUGGCAACGCCGACUUCGGCCUCUGCAGUUUCCGCAGCCGCAUCCGGCAAUGGCGUGCACUACGCACCCCUGACUACCAACUGGGAGACGCCCCUGAGCUGCACUUGGACAUUUGACAUAUCCCAGGUGCCUGGGCCGGGGACGCCGGGCCCCAUCGCUUUCCUCGACCUGGAGCCCGACCCGGACGCCACUACGCUGUCGUGCUAUCCUGAUGGCAUGUUCUAUGAGCAACAGACGGGCACUUUUAGCCCCGCAACCUGUCCCAACGGGUGGACAACCGUGUCUCUGCGCCAGGAUGAAGAUGCCUCCCAGACAAUGGCCACGACGACGGCUGUCUGCUGCUCUUCUGAAUACAGCCUAGACGGCAGUAUCUGCAAGCGCGAGCAACCGACCAUCCUAGCCGUGCCAAUCGUAUACAACACAACCGAUGGCUCGUACAUGAUCCUCACCGACGAGACGAGCACGCUGACUAGCGCCACACUGGCCGUGCACACUAUCCAAGCCCUCUUCCAAGACUCGGAUAAGGAGAUGCUCGGCUUGACUGACGACGAAACUAUAUGCGAAGAGCCCUCUGACCAUCGCGGGCUUUCUCUGGGCGCGCGGAUCGGCAUCGGCAUCGGCACCACUAUCGGCGGCGUCAUGCUCAUCGCCCUGGGCCUCUGGAUACUCCUUACGCGGAGGCGCAAGUCCGUGGAUGAGAAGCUGGACAGUGAGCUCGACAGCGACUUCCCUGCUAUGCGUAACGCGCCUCUUCAUCCUCAAGCCGUCAACACCGUCAACACCGCCAACGCCUCCAUCGAUAUGCCACCUCCCGCCUACGAGUUCUCCGCUAGGAAUAGUGUAACCGACGAUGAGAGCCGCGACGGCGACGACGACAGCCACGAUGACAACGUCAGUACAAUGCAAGGAGGUGAGAUUGAGAUUCUCAGAGCCCAAAAGGCUGCUAUACAGCGUCGCAUCGAGGAGUUGCAGAAUGGCGACGGGACGGAGGGUCAGGGCCGUCGGUGA